UCGCUCCCCCCCUCCCGCCGCCGCCGCCGCCGCCGCCGCCUCCCGCUUCAGCUCGCGGCCCGGCCCGGCCGGCUCCCUCCCCACCCUCCCCAGCAGCCCUUCGCCUGCCCUUCCGCCGGCCGCAUCAGGCUCUAGGGGGGCCAGAGGCUCUGCGGGGUGGGGGGAGGACAGGAGGGGAGGAGGAGGGAGGGGGACCCCCGAGUCGCCCCCUCUCCUCCCCCCGCCCCCCCCCAGCUCCAUCCUCCGCCGCCGCCCGAGCAGCUGCGGGGCCGCCGCCGCCGCCUUUGCAGGCUGAGUCAUCACUAGAGAGUGGGAAGGGCAGCAGCAGCAGAGAAUCCAAACCCCAAAGCUGGUAUCACAAAGUACCAUUUCUCCAAGUUGGGGGCUCAGAGGGGAGCCAUCAUGAGCGAUGUUACCAUUGUGAAAGAAGGUUGGGUUCAGAAGAGGGAGUCCUCUUUGGUGGAGUCCACAGGAGGAGAGGAAGCACAGGAUUCGUAAGAUGGCGGGCGGGAGAAUAUAUAAAAAACUGGAGACCAAGAUAUUUCCUUUUGAAGACAGAUGGCUCAUUCAUAGGAUAUAAAGAAAAACCUCAAGAUGUGGAUUUACCUUAUCCCCUUAACAACUUUUCAGUGGCGAAAUGCCAGUUAAUGAAAACAGAACGACCAAAGCCAAACACAUUUAUUAUAAGAUGUCUCCAGUGGACUACUGUUAUAGAAAGAACAUUUCAUGUCGAUACUCCAGAAGAAAGAGAAGAAUGGACGGAAGCUAUCCAAGCAGUAGCAGACAGACUUCAGAGACAAGAAGAGGAGCGGAUGAACUGUAGUCCAACUUCACAAAUUGAUAAUAUAGGGGAGGAAGAGAUGGAUGCAUCUACAACACAUCAUAAAAGAAAGACAAUGAAUGAUUUUGACUAUUUGAAACUGCUAGGUAAAGGCACUUUUGGGAAAGUUAUUUUGGUUCGAGAAAAGGCAAGUGGGAAAUAUUAUGCUAUGAAGAUUCUGAAGAAAGAAGUUAUUAUUGCAAAGGAUGAAGUGGCACACACUCUAACUGAAAGCAGAGUAUUAAAGAACACUAGACAUCCUUUUUUAACAUCCUUGAAAUAUUCCUUCCAGACAAAAGACCGUUUGUGUUUUGUGAUGGAAUAUGUAAAUGGGGGAGAGCUGUUUUUCCAUUUGUCGAGAGAGCGGGUGUUCUCUGAGGACCGCACACGUUUCUAUGGUGCAGAAAUUGUGUCUGCCUUGGACUAUCUACAUUCUGGAAAAAUUGUGUAUCGUGAUCUCAAGUUGGAAAAUCUGAUGCUUGAUAAAGAUGGCCACAUAAAAAUUACAGAUUUUGGACUUUGCAAAGAAGGAAUCACAGAUGCAGCCACCAUGAAGACAUUCUGUGGUACACCAGAAUAUCUGGCACCAGAGGUAUUAGAAGAUAAUGACUAUGGUCGAGCCGUUGAUUGGUGGGGCCUAGGGGUUGUCAUGUAUGAAAUGAUGUGUGGGAGGUUACCUUUCUACAACCAGGAUCACGAGAAACUUUUUGAACUAAUACUAAUGGAAGACAUUAAAUUUCCUCGAACACUCUCUUCAGAUGCAAAAUCAUUGCUUUCAGGGCUCUUGAUAAAGGAUCCAAAUAAACGCCUUGGAGGAGGACCGGACGAUGCAAAAGAAAUUAUGAGACACAGUUUCUUUUCUGGAGUAAACUGGCAAGAUGUAUAUGAUAAAAAGCUUGUACCUCCUUUUAAGCCUCAAGUAACAUCUGAGACAGAUACCAGAUAUUUUGAUGAAGAAUUUACAGCUCAAACUAUUACAAUAACACCACCUGAGAAAUAUGAUGAGGAUGGUAUGGACUGCAUGGACAAUGAGAGGCGGCCGCACUUCCCUCAGUUUUCCUACUCUGCAAGUGGACGAGAAUAAGUCUCUCAUUCUGCUAUUUCACUGUCAUCUUAGAUUUAUUACUUAAAAUGAUUCCUGAAUACCACACCAGUCCUAGCUCUUACCAAUAGCAGGAGCGCCUUCAGACAUCCCAGACCAAUCAAAGGUCUUCACCUCUCGCCACCUUUCACCCACAUGAGAACACACAUAAUGCGAAAGCACACUCGUCUUUUUGUUUUUGCAUGAAAUUGUAUCUCAGUCUAAGGUCUCAUGCUGUUGCUGCUACUGUCUUACUAUUAUAGCAACCUUAAGAGGUAAUUUUACAAUCUUUAGAAGUCAUGAGCCCACCUUUGUGAACCAAUUUUCAUGUUUUGAUCUUUGGUUUUUGUUUCCCCCUAACAGUGAAGGCUAAAUGAGAUACACUGACUCUAGGUACAUUUUUUAACUUUCUAGAGGAUAAAUUAAAAAUAAUUAGACUAAGAAGUUCAUAAUUCAAAAUGAGCAGUUGUGGAAGGGUGGUGAUGUGCGUAUGCAAAAUUUUAGUAAGCCUAAAGUAGGCGUCUAUCACUGAGAUCUGUCUGGAAUUUGUUAGGAAGCAUUGAGAGAAGGACUGAACAACUGUUGGGAUAGAUGUUUAAGUUCCCAUUGGAUACUGCAGAGGAAGCCCAGUAUUACAUGUCAACAUCCAGGUUUCAUGAGCAGUCGUGGGCAAGUGAACAUUAUUCUGCCAAGGAAGGAAGCAUAUGCACAGCAGAGUCAAGGUCACUUAAAAAAUCUCAUGACACGAUUUGCACCAGAGAACAUUUUCCCCCAUGCUUGGAGAUCUUUUCCCUUCUUGAUAUUUAUCACCUCUGAUGGCUGAAGAAUGUAGACAGGUUUAAAGAUCCUGCUUUUCACCAAAUGUGUACACCAAGGUAAACAGAUGUUUGCCUUCUUUGUUUUACGUUUUUUACUUUCAGAUCUACGUGAAUUAGCUUUUUCUCAGAUGUUAAAACUUUGAAUGUCCUUUAUGAUUUUGUUUAUAUGGCAGUAGUAUUUAUUUUUUAGUGAUGAUAAUUGUAUGUCAUGUUAGCAAAUGCAGCUCCAACUUAACGUAAAAUAGACUUAACUGCAGUUUAUUGCUCCAUGUGCAAGGAAUGUACAUGCUGAUGAGAAUCAUGCACUUUUUCUCCUGUGUGAAAAUGUUUUGAUGAGACUCUGAAACUGUACAUAUUGGUUAGAAUUUGGCUUUGGGAGAAGAGAUGCUGUUUAACCCCUUGGUGCUAAAACAUGAGAAAAUCCCCACUAUCCCAGCCAAGGGGUUAAUGGAACAAAUGGAUAUUGGUGUGUGCUCAUUUGAGACUCUAAAUGUUGUUAUGAUGACUUGGCAACAUAAUGUAAUGAAGAAAACUGAGGCCUGAGCGAUAAGAAAUGUAUGUUACUUGGCAAAAUGAACACAUCUUAAGUAAGCUGUAAAGGUUAAGAACCUGGUGUGUUUAUUCUGAUCAUGGUACAUUUAUCACUGAAUUAAGCCAUCAGGGAAAAAAAAAAGAACACCUCCGACUUUUCUUUUUCUGUAUAUACUCAUGUCCCCAAAUUCCAACAUUUCUCACUGAAAGGGGACAUGUAUGCAAACCUCAUCUUUCUCCUUCAUUAAUGAUGAUCUUCAGAUUAAACCCUUUGGUGCUAGGAGCUGACAUUUUCCAAAGCAGCCUAUGAAGUCCAAGGAGCUGGGGUCUCUUCUUGCAGCAAGCAGAAGGCAACCUGGCUCCAUGGAAUGAUCAUGGAAAUGUAUUUUAGUUAAACUAUCUGACAGCUCCCAAAUGGAAGACUACAGCAUGAUGCAGUAUUAUGACUGCCUUGUAAGAAAGAGCAAGUGACUUUCUAAGUAAGAUGAAUCAUAUUCAUAUGCAGAUGUCUUAGCCUCUUGAAGCUGGAUGUGUGGAUUAUAGAUAUGAAACCACUGCUGGCGGUGGGGAACCACUGGGAUUGCAAGGGGGUUAAAGGGCAUUUUACUAAGGCAGCUAAGACAUAUUCAGACAUAGAUUUUAUCCUAAUUUUUCAUAUUUCUACCUGAGUGAAGUUCAUCCUUAGUGUUGAGUGGGAAGUUACAAUAAAUGGUAGUUCAUUUUUACUUACACAUAUAGCUUAACUGUUUUUUCACUCAGAACUAUGUUGAAUGUUUUACUUUGACAAGAAAGUAGAAUAGAAGGUAUGCCUGUAAGUUGUCUUGCAUCCAUCAAAUUAAAGAGAAACAGGUGAGAGGAAGUGAAGAAUGCUGAGACUGGCUGGUGUUCAGAGCAUUCAUUCUUUUGGAGGGAAAAUGUGAUACCAUACACUAAGCAUAUUGAUAGCUUGUUUUCACUCUCUCUCAAGUAAGUUCCAUGAACCUGGCCAAGGACACUUACGAUAGAUUAGUGACUGCAUUUAUAGGGCCUCAGGCUAGCCCAACCAGUGAGUACCUGUGGCCCAUCCCAUCCAAUUUCAUUUGUGUCUUGAAAGAUGUUUUCUUGGCUUUUGCUUUGAAAAUCCUGACUUUCACUCCCAGAACUCAAUCAGCUGGCCUGGAGGAAAAAUAGAAAAACAAGAAAUGUGUGUAAAAGAUUUCUAAAACUUCCCUUGUUGUGCACAUAGCAUUGGGAUUUUGGCAGAUGGAAAGGCCUGACCUGAAUUCAUUCUAUUAGAGCACACUUUAGACUCCAAAUUCAUCUUGCUCUCUUUACCCUCUUGUCAUAAUGCAGCCAUCUCAGAGGAAGUUGGUCAUUUUUGCAUGGAUUUUUGUCAGGGUUACUCACAGCUUUGCUUUCUAUACUAAUUCCAUGGCGUUAUUCCAGUAUUGUUUUUUCCAUUUUCAUACCUAAUUUCUGGCUUCUUAAAGCUGACUGUUCUUGCAGGGGCCACUUGCUUCUCCUAGAAUACAAAAGUGAGGGCCUUCCUUACUAACUGCAGGGUCUCUAUAUUACACCUCAGUGUACACACUUUGCUGCUACAGUUUGUACUGUCUACAGUAGAAUUUCCUUAUCUUGCUCCUGGUAGUGCAUUACAGGCAAGCAUGAAAUGUAAAGUAUUUAUUUAAAUAAAAAGAAAACCUCUAAAUUGGUAAUUGAGUUACCUCCCUGUAGCUUUAUAGUUUGUGACAUUUCUUGACCUUGCUAGUUCUCAUUAGAUCCACACAAGAUCUAGUCCUCUGGUUAAGGAUUUUAAGCAGACACAAUUAUGAACCCAAGAAACUGUAUUACUAUUACUGUUGGUCAUACUAAAACUGUUUAUUUCCUUAAGUAUAUGACCCACAAGGAUGUGAAAUAACUACAAGAAACGUUUUUGUACACUGUACAUCCUUAGUAUUUUUACACGUAUAUGAUAGGGAUGCACAUUAUUUUCCUUCGUACAGACAGCUUAAAUAAAGCACUAUGUCAAUCUGA